AUGCAACGGGACAAGGCCAGUAACGCCGUUGGGCCAGAAAAGCCAGAUCGGGAGUUAGCCACCAUGUCAAAAUACUAUGACGGCGUUGAAUUUCCUUUCUGUGAUGAGGUCUCCAAAUAUGAAAAGCUUGCUAAAAUCGGCCAGGGGACAUUCGGGGAAGUUUUCAAAGCAAAGGACCGACAAACUGGAAUCAAAGUUGCACUGAAGAAGGUUUUGAUGGAAAACGAGAAAGAAGGGUUUCCGAUCACAGCUUUGAGAGAGAUCAAGAUCCUGCAACUCCUGAAACAUGAGAAUGUUGUAAAUCUGAUUGAGAUUUGUCGAACCAAAGCCAAUCAAUUUAAUAGAUACAAAGGGAGCAUCUAUCUGGUGUUUGACUUCUGUGAGCAUGACCUGGCAGGGCUUUUAAGUAAUACAAAUGUCAAGUUCACCUUGGCAGAGAUAAAGAAGGUCAUGCAGAUGCUGCUGAAUGGACUGUACUACAUGCACAGAAACAAGAUCCUCCACAGAGACAUGAAGGCAGCCAACGUGCUCAUCACCAGAGAUGGUAUACUGAAACUGGCAGAUUUUGGUUUGGCACGGGCAUUUAGUCUAGCCAAACUCAGCCAGGGUAACCGCUACACUAACCGUGUGGUCACCCUCUGGUACAGACCCCCAGAGCUGCUAUUAGGUGAACGAGACUAUGGACCCCCAAUUGACCUUUGGGGUGCAGGCUGCAUCAUGGCAGAGAUGUGGACCAGAAGUCCUAUUAUGCAAGGGAACACUGAGCAGCACCAGCUUACUCUUAUCAGCCAACUUUGUGGAUCCGUCACUGCUGAGGUAUGGCCUGGUGUGGACAUGAAAUAUGAGCUCUACCAGAAAAUGGAACUACCUAAAGGCCAGAAGAGGAAAGUCAAGGAUAGGCUCAAAGCUUAUGUUAAAGACCCUUAUGCCCUAGACCUAAUUGACAAGCUGCUGGUUCUAGACCCAGCACACCGCGCAGACAGCGAUGAUGCGCUCAAUCAUGAUUUCUUUUGGUCUGACCCCAUGCCAUCUGACCUUAGGAACAUGCUCUCUGCCCACAAUACUUCCAUGUUUGAAUACCUGGCUCCACCCAGACGGAGAGGACAUAUGCCCCAGCAACAGCCUAAUCAGAACAAAAAUCCAGCUACCACAAGCCAGACUGAGAUUGAGCAUGUAUUUUAG